AUGGCCCACGGCUUCAUUUGGGUGCUGAUCGUCGCGGGCAUCCUCAUGGCCAACUUUCUGUUCGCCACCGACAACACCAUUGCCGCCAACAUCCAGCCCGCCGUCGUCAAGGACUUCCAGUCGCUCAACAAGCUCGCCUGGCUCGGCGUGGCCUUCCUGGCGUCAUCGUGGGGCACCAACUUCUUCUGGGGCGACCUCUAUGCCCGGUUCAGCAGCAAAUGGACCUUCUGUUCGAGCUUCGUGGUCUUCGCCGUCGGAUGCGCCGUCGCCGGGGCUGCACCCAACAUGGAUGCUCUGAUCGUGGGACGGGCCAUCUGCGGUGUGGGCGGCGCUGGCAUGUACUUCGGAUCUAUGGCCCUUCUGACGCAGAUGACGUCGGAGCGAGAGCGGCCGCUGUAUCUGAACCUGGUCGGCAUCACGUUCGGCGCCGGAACAGUGCUCGGUCCCAUCAUCGGCGGCGCAUUUGCGGCGAGCAGUGCGGGCUGGCGUUGGGCGUUCUACUUCAACCUCGUCGUCGGUGCCGUCUGCGCCCCGGUCUAUCUCUUCCUCCUGCCGACGCUCAACCCCCGCUCAGGCGAGAGCAUCAAGCAGCGCCUGUUUGAGAUCGACUUCCUCGGCAUCGUGCUCGUUGUCGGGCUCAUCGUGUCCAUCGUCAUGGCCAUCUCGUUCGGCGGCGUGCUGUACGCCUGGAACUCGGGCCGCGUCAUCGCCCUCUUCGUCCUCGCCUUUGUCCUGCUCUGGCUCUUCCUCGCCCAGCAGCACUUCGCCCUCGGCACCACGCCGGAGCGCCGCAUGUUCCCCAUGCACUUCCUCCGGUCGCCUUGCUGCGCCACGUGCGUCUUCGUGCCCGUCUAUUUCCUCCCGCUCUACUUCCAGUUCGUCAAGGCCGACAGCCCCAUGCUCGCCGGCGUGCGCAUGCUGCCCUACGUCGCCCUGCAGCCCGCCGUCGGCAUCGUCUUGGGCCUCGUCGUCGGCAAGACGGGCUACUUCGUGCCGUGGUACAUCUUCGCGGGUGCGCUGUGCGUCGCCGGGUCCGCCCUGCUCUACACGGUCGACCAGCACACGCCGCUCGCCGCCAUCUACGGCUACGAGGUGCUGCUCGGGCUCGGCUCCGGCGCCGCCACGCAGCUGACCUUCGCCGUGGCCUCCAUCAAGGUGGCGCCGCACGACGUCGGCCGCAGCACCGGCUGGGAGGCGUUCGCGCAGCUCGGCGGGCCGACCAUCUCGCUCGGCAUGGCCCAGGCCAUCUUCGUCAACAAGGCCCAGGCCGCCGUCGCCGCGCUGCUGCCGGCCCUUGACCCGCCCCAGGUCAGCACCAUCAUCUCCGACCCGAACAACCCGCUGCUGCGCAGCCAGCCGGGGGAUGUGCAGCUGCGCGUCGUCGACGCCGUCGUGCACGCCAUGGCCAAUGCGUAUAUCAUCUGUCUUGUUGGUGGGUGCUUGGUCCUGCUGUUGAUUUUCCGCUUCAAGGUGAAUGACAGGCUGUGGGGAUGA